AAUCGGAGGCGUGGCAAAAGUGCCUGGCAAUGCCGCGAUUGGUCGUUCGCGACGAUGGGCACCAGUGGCCAAGGAUCGUGUGGGUCUGUCUUGCCGUUCCAUCGAAGUUCGAAUUCUACCUCAAGCAGGCAAUGUACCCCGCUGAAACCCCGCGGCACGGGGAGAACUACCUGUGCCGCAGCUGGUGGGAGUGCCUGGCCGUUAGUUACCCUGGUACCCCAUCCCCGAGAGACUUAGUCAGGAUCAGCGCGUCGAUCAGUCGACAUCUAUUUCCAGUGCGGACAGGCGUAAGUGCGCUCGCGGCCAUUCGACGGAUCUAUUUGAGGAGAUAAAGCUCGCGGAUGGGCCCGACGGGCCUGCACCACGAGCCGAAAAUCCAGGAAUGGACCCAAAUGAGACCAGGAACUUUUUCUACGGAUGUAUGUUUCGUGUUUGUCUACGUGCUCCGUUUCACGAUCGUCGAGUGAAUUGCAAUUAAAUAAGGAACGUUGUGAGAUUUGAGAGGGAGGACAGCCGACAGCGUUUUUACGAAAGGCUUAGUGAGGUGCGGUAUAGUGAGGUUUAUAACAUUCGGUGUCGCAGCGAAUUCGUCGGAACUAUUUUGCGGUGGUUUUGUUUCGGCUGAGAUGACGGUUACCACUAAUUUCUCGAUGAUGCGACCAUGUUUCACUGGAUAUUCCUUUCAAGUUAUGGAAGCUAUAAAAGGAGGAAGUGUACCGCUUGUUGCAGACAUAGGAUCUAUACCAGGCCAGGGCCGCGUAAAUCAGCUCGGUGGUAUCUUCAUCAACGGACGACCGCUGCCUAAUCACAUCAGGUUGAAAAUCGUCGAGAUGGCCGCUGCGGGAGUCCGGCCGUGCGUUAUAUCGAGACAGUUGAGGGUGUCCCAUGGAUGCGUGUCGAAGAUUCUAAAUCGCUAUCAGGAGACUGGUAGCAUCAGGCCUGGAGUCAUCGGUGGCAGCAAACCGCGUGUGGCCACACCGGAAGUGGAGGCGAGAAUCGAGGAGUACAAGCGUGACAACCCGGGUAUGUUCUCAUGGGAAAUCAGAGAUCGACUGAUCAAAGAGGGCAUCUGCGAUCGGACCAGCGCGCCGAGUGUAUCCGCGAUUUCUCGUCUGCUCAGGGGUCGCGAUUCCGAGGACGACGUUAAACUAGGUGACGGAAAAACCAGUUCUGGAUCUGAUUGUGAGAGUGAACCAGGGAUUACAUUGAAAAGAAAACAGCGCAGGAGCAGGACGACCUUUACGGCGCAUCAGUUAGACGAAUUAGAACGAGCAUUCGAGAAGACACAGUAUCCUGACAUUUACGUCAGAGAGGAACUGGCCCAGAGAACGAGAUUAUCAGAAGCCAGAAUUCAAGUGUGGUUUAGCAAUAGAAGAGCUAGAUUGAGAAAACAUAUUUCAUCAUCGACGUCUGCCGGAUACGUUAGUUCGGUAGCCUAUCCAACCGGCUAUGUUCUUCAUCCACCGGCACCGCCUCAUCCACACGCGGGAGCGGCCGUACCACCGAGUCAUCCACAUUCACAUCCUCAUCCGCAUCCUCAAAGUUUGCCAGAGACGGCAUUCUCUUCUGGCCAAGUUUCAGAAUUGUAUUCUUCUCACCAUGCAUCGGUGACACAUCAAUUGGCUGAUUCCGCGACACGAUCUUCAACCGUCGGUUCGACUUCGUCUUACAGCUUCCCGGCGGUGACGUAUCCCAAUUUAUCAGUGUUGUCGCCGGUCUCAUCAACGACAGCGCAUAUGGCUUCCACAUCAUCUACCUAUCAGCAAACGAGUAAUCACCAGCUACCACCGACCCCGAAUUCCCUUGUUACUAUGAUGGGACCGAAUUCGGGUAAUUCAACAUCCGCUCCAGAUCAACUGACUUCGUCGGAACUACCAAUUAGCUCGGUCUCGCCUCCUCAGCAGCAGCAGCAACAACAGCCACAGCCGCAGCAGCAACAAACGCAACAGUCCAGUCAAGGGACUUCCUCACCGUCGUGGAAUCUCGCGAUUACUGCCAGUGGUAGUAGAGUUAAUUUAUCGAGCCCACCAACAAGUCUACAACAACCUCACGCUUACAGCGCUCACCCUCAUCAAGCUUUCGCUAGCCCUUAUACUGCGCAAAGUUUUCAACAACCUCCUAGACCGGCGCCACAACCCUUCUGGUAUUAAAACAUGCUCUCAUAGUUAACUUUAGAACUUGUAAAAGUUGUAGACUGCCGUCAUUUUUAUCGUUAAAAAGUAUGAUUAUAGGAAAGGAUGAUAGACAAUGGUAGGUUUUAAUUAUUUUUCUGAUCUUAUCUUCUGCUCAAAAAGUAUCUGGGAUUGCAUAUUUAAUCGAAGCGAUUAAACUACUUCAAAAUUACUUUUUGCCGUCCGAUCAAAUAUAAUCAAUAAUACUACUUUAAGCGUUACGAUUUGAGAGAAGUGAAAAAAAUGACUAAUAUUUUUGAUAAAAAUUCGUGGAUUUUCUGCCACAAUAAUGUCAUCUCAUGCUGACACACAAUUUUUUGUCAUUUCUUAAGCACCAUAUUUUCCAAACUUAGCCCUCUGUGCCCAAAACUCAAAUUAUGACUUCGCGAAAAGCGUUUCGACGAUAAAGACUGUAAAAGAAAAUUCGUUGAGUUAUUGAUUAAAUAUCAAUUGUGUGAUGUGGGUUUUAUUUAGCAAUUUAUGUACUCUUUGAGCAGGAAAUAUUUCAAGAUUUUUCAAGGAUUUUAAUAAUAUAACUUGAUCACGUGAUUACAGAAUAUAAUGUUAAUAUCGAUAUUUGUAUGUGACAAUUAAUACUAAUAGUUAGAUAGUUAGAUUUAGUUAUCAAAUUCAUAACAUAAGGAAAACAUUUGAAAGGCGAAUUUAUUAAGAUAAAUUAGUCUAAAUUAUUCCUUUAAAAGGAGACAUGUGAAUAAACAUAUAAAUUAUGCGUGUAUAAUUAUAAAUUAUAUUACGUGUAAUUAUAAUAUACACACAUACAUACUCACAUACACACAAGUAAAUCAGAGACAAAUGAUCGACUGUAUGUCAAAUCGACUUAUCUAUCACAAUUGUCUGGAACUACUUGGUUCGACUUGGUUUUCUUUGUAGUGGUAUGAUGUUAAGGGAAUGCUAAAGUUAUCCCGAUUUAUCAAUUUUUUUCAAUACGCUAUUUUCCUAAUUGUAUUUACAGAUUUAAAAAUCUUUUUCUACUUACAGUAGAGGCACAAAUCAAUGUAUGCCAAUAUUUGCUUAAAAAUUUUGCAGUCUAUACAAAACAGAAAUAGUCUGAGGUAUAAAUUAUAUGAUAAAACAAUACAAACGUUACUUUUGAAGGGUUAUUUCUCUUUAAAUCUUAUAUAACAAAUACGUAUCUCUUGAAUUUUUUAUUAAACGAUGUAUUUCAAAAAAAAUCGACUCUUCCGGAUUGUUGUGACAGGUCUGUUGUAAGUCGAUUUAAUGUACAGUUAACCAUUCUGAUUAACCCUGUAUAUAUAAUUACAAUUGCUUUCUAGCUAUAUAUAUAGCUGGAAAGUAGUUGUAAUUAAACUUCACGCUGUAAAGUAUUAUAUACAAAACGAGUUUUGAGAUUCUAAAUCGAUCUAUUCUUCUAUUCUUCUAAACAUCUAUGUCUGAAUAGCAGAAAAUUACUUUUUAUAAAGAUUUAUUGAUAUUCGUUAAAUUCUGCGAAACUAUAAACAUAUGUAUUUCUUUUUUGGUUCGUGGGUUUUUAUAUUUUAUUUUAAUUUUUCCUAUGUCUUAUAUUUACAGUGCGACCAAAAACUUAGCUUUUAAACUGUAAAUAUGUACAGUUUAAGACUUUAUGUAUAUGAGAAGUGUGUUAUCUGACUGCACUGGUUUUAAAAAUGCAAAGUGUUUCAUUUAUUCGAUGUAAUAAAGUAUAUAAAAUAUGUGCAUAUGAGAUUUACGUGGCUGUGUACACGAGCAGUGAGACGACAGCUUUGAAAAUCAAAUAUUAAAAUUGUACUUCUCAAGGUACUUGUAUAUGUAUCAACAACAAAUGAUAUAUCACAACAUAAAUUAUUUGAAAUAAUUUAUGUGUUAUCAUAACAUAAAUAAUUAAUAGCUAAACAAUAUUUUGAAUAUUUUCAUAUAAUAUGUAACUUUAAUAUACAUGCCAAUAUAUGUUACAAAUAUUAUUUAAAACAUUUUAAAGUAGUUUUUAACAUGUAAAGGGAAAGUACGUAUUAUAUAACUUGAUUUUUAUGUGCAUAAAUUUAAUAUUACUUCUCUGUUUUAUAUUUUAAAUAAUUUAUACUCGUGUAUUGAUUCAUACCUUGCACAGUACAAUAGUGAUUUUAAACAAGAAUAUUUGAAUAAUUUAUGAACAAUGUCCUAUAGAAAUGCCUUUAAAUGAUUUUAAUCUUAAAGUUGAUGACUGAGGCUUUGUCGUUUUGCCAUUCGUGUGGACAUUCAAAUUAGAUUAAAUAACUAACUUAGCUAGACAAAUGGCAGAAACAAAUUUUCCGAUAUUUCAGAUAAAAAAAUACUUACUGUAAAUUUUGUGUAACAUGCUAGCAGAAAUAUAAGAAAAUCUAUUAAUAAAUAUGAUAAUAGGUUACCUGUAAAAAUCAAGCAAGAUCUACAUCAUUUCAAUAUAAUAUGUAAAAACUACUCAUUCACAAACAGAAAUGUUUGGUUUCUACAGAUAACUUAUUGUCAGAUUACAUCGACAGAUCUUGUUGGUAGAACAUGAGCUUAGUAUGGAUUUGCCUUGAUAUCACCCCUGCUGCAAUAUUUUAUUCGAAUUUACUGGCAAAUUGAUAAAGUGUUACUAAUUUUUGUUACUACUAGAUAUGUCAAAUAAUUAAUUAAUUUUUUUUCUCACUGCGGCAAAAUAAUUUCACAGUGGAAAACAAAUAACGUAUUUUUAAUCUAAAUUUUAAAUAACAUGUUUUUAAUGUAAAAGUUGAAGGCGCUACGUAAUACUAAUGAUGACUAAUAAACGAAUU